CACCCGUCACUCACGUCCAUUCGCCACAAUGAAACCUGCGGCUGCGGUUCUGUUGCUGCUACUUAGCCCGCUUGAUGUCUUUGGUCUGGUUCUGACCCAGGAGGACUACAUCAGGCCUCUUGCGGGAGAAGCGAGGACAGAGGAACCAGAGGACGCAGACCUUCCCCCAGAACUUCCGCUCAUCUGGAAAGAGUUAGUCGGGCUCAGGCAACUGGUUCUGAGCCUGCAAACUGUGAUGGUGGAUCAGCGCCAGGCACUCCGGACCGCCGAGAGUCGCCUGAGGGACAGUCAGGUGGAGGUGGAGCAUCAGAGGCAAGCUCUGGACUCUCUGCAGGUAAAGGUGGAGGCCGACAGGAAGUUGCUGACUGAGCUGACCAGGACCCUGAAAGGGAGUCAGGAGUGGACUGCAGAUGAAGUUCUGAAGAUGAGGUCCAAAUUGAACACCAGUGAAAGUUCUUUGGAGGACUUGAAGAAGAUGUCAGCUCUGGCAGCCGAUGUUCCCUUUCUGCGGACGAGGUUGAGGGCGAGCGAGCGUGUGGUGGAUGAGUUGAGGAGGAAGACCACAGCGGUCAUGUCUCGACUUUGCCACGUGGAGGAUAUGGGGAGGCAGGCUUCAGUAGACCAGCCAGAGUUCAAAGGUCAUCUGAACUCCAGUCUGCACACAGGUGGACCGGGCGACGUGUCGUGGGAAACAAGAAAACCACCCGUGUCCCCGACAGUCCAUGUAUUGGAAGGUUCUAACGUGACCUCGCUCGAUGUUCGCCUGCAGCUUGUGGAGAACAACUUGACAGUACAGAUCCAAACAGUGUCCCACUUAGAAGACAGCGUGUUGAGAGGAGAGCGCCAUCUACAAGAGUUCAGAGCCGCUGUGGGGACCUCACUGAACCACACACGAGCACAAAGUGAAGGUGUAAAGGUGCGCCUCAGUGUGCUGGAGAACCUGCUGGAGGACUUAAGGAGGACCAAGUCAGUCCAAUCCAGUCAACUUUCCAGCAUGGAAGUGCAACUGGCUGACAGCUACAACAACACUGCAAGUCAGGCCCAGCAACUUUCCAACAUGGAGGCACGACUCACUCACACCCUCAACAAAACUCACACUGUGUUGCAGCACAAGUUGAACAUAACUGAUCAGAAGAUGAACGUAUUGAAGACGACAACAGAAGAGCUGAUGUUGCGCGUGCAUGUUUUGGAGCAACACGGCCAGCGGUCAGAUGACAAAGGCGAGACAAAGGUGGCCUUCGCCGCCGCACUCACCGACUCGGGGUCAGUGGGACCCUUUGACCAGGAAACUACGCUGAUCUUCUCCAAGGUUUUCACCAACGUAGGCCAAGCUUACGACGUGACUUCAGGUGUGUUCACGGCUCCCGUCGGCGGCGUUUACGCGUUCAGCUUUACAGCGGCCGACUUCUUGAAAGGCUACAUGGGCGUCACCUUGUACCGCAACCAGCAGCCAAUCGUCUUCAGCCUUGACCUCAACGACCACGGCGGCUAUGCCUCUGUCGCCAAUGGAGUGCUGCUGGGGCUGGAGGCGGGCGACCAUGUGCGCCUGAGUCUGCCCGCCAGCUACCGUCUCUACGACGAUGCCCGAAACUUCAGCGUCUUUAGUGGCUUCAUGCUCUUUGCGCUGUGACUCAUCGUCUGCAAAUAGACAAUCUUUGUAAUCAGGAAGCAAUUUCAAAACGUGUCUCAUUGUUUCCAUGGUUACACUAAAGUUUUUUCAAACGGCA